CCGCCCCUGCAGCAAGGGAUAAGAAACCCUGCGCCAAGACCUCCUCCUUUCCCAGGCGGCUGCCGAAGAUGGCGGAGGGGCAGGUUCUGGUGUUGGACGGCCGAGGCCAUCUUCUGGGUCGCCUGGCGGCCAUUGUGGCCAAGCAGGUACUGCUGGGCCGAAAGGUGGUCGUUGUUCGCUGUGAGGGCAUCAACAUUUCCGGAAACUUCUACAGAAACAAGUUGAAGUAUCUGGCCUUUCUCCGAAAGCGGAUGAACACCAACCCCUCCCGAGGCCCCUACCAUUUCCGAGCCCCGAGCCGCAUUUUUUGGCGCACUGUGCGAGGCAUGCUGCCCCACAAGACCAAGCGAGGCCAGGCUGCCCUGGAACGCCUCAAGGUGUUGGAUGGGAUCCCUCCACCCUAUGACAAGAAAAAGCGGAUGGUGGUCCCUGCCGCCCUCAAGGUUGUGCGGCUGAAGCCUACCAGGAAGUUUGCUUACCUGGGGCGUCUGGCUCAUGAGGUCGGGUGGAAGUACCAGGCAGUGACAGCCACUCUGGAGGAGAAGCGGAAGGAGAAGGCCAAGAUGCACUACCGGAAGAAGAAGCAGCUCUUGAGGCUACGGAAACAGGCGGAAAAGAACGUGGAGAAGAAAAUCUGCAAGUUCACAGAGGUUCUCAAGACCAAUGGACUCCUUGUGUGAGCCCAAUAAAGACUCUUUGUGCCUCA